GGCAUGCCCCGCGCCCCCGCCCGCUGCCCAGCACCGCCGCGGGGCGCUGCUCGCACGUGGGGAGCGGUUAAACCGCAGCGGGGCGGAGAGAGACGGUGCGGGGCUGCCGGUGGACUGCGGGUACCUCCGCUCCUCCCGGGGGUGUGGGUGCAGGUGGCCAUGGAUGAGCAGAAGGCGGUGAUAAAGGACACGGACAUGCUGGAGGAGAUGCAGGAGCAGGCUGUGCAGUGUGCCGUUUUGGCCAUAGAGAAGUACAGCGUUGAAAGAGAAAUUGCUGCUCUUAUAAAGAGGGAGUUUGAGAAGAUGUACAGCCCCACUUGGCACUGCAUUGUAGGAAGGAAGUUUGGCAGCUACGUGUCUCACGAGACCAAGCACUUCAUUUUCUUCCUGGUGCGCGGCCUCAAUGUGCUCCUGUUCAAGGCUGGGUAG